ACAAGAAGGCAACUGGAUGGUUCCCACAUUGCCACAGUGGCAAAUGCGGAGAAAGGGAUAUAUCGUGUACGAUCCCGCCACAGAGCUCCGCCACAGCCCACAGCAGACGCUUCUGGGCAUCAUUUCAAUAUUCUUGUGGAAGAAUAAGAACUGUGGUAGCUGCCGCCUGCUGUCGUGAACGACUGAUCGGAAGGUGAAGCCAUGGUUGCUGAGAAAGCCACGGACUUGUCAGACUUUGAGGACGAGGAUGACCUCGACGAAGAACCCGGAGAAGCGAUCGAAUCGGCGCCUCCACAAAAGGUUGGCGAAGAGAGGGAACUCAAUAAUUCCCGCCUGAAGAAAAAGCUCCUCAAGCCCGGGCGUGGAUGGGAGACCCCCGACUACAAUGACGAAGUAACCGUUCACUAUGUGGGGACUUCGCUUGACGGGACAAAGUUCGAUUCCACUAGAGAUAGGGGCGAACCUGUCACAUUUACAGUCGGUCAAGCUCAUGUGGUUGCUGGGUUAGAUCACGGGAUUAUCACGAUGAAAAUGGGGGAGGUCGCAUUAUUCACAUUGCCUGCCGAGUCAGGCAAUGAAGCUGGGAAUUCCAGUAGUAUUCCACCCAACUCGAUCGUACAGUUCGAGGUUGAACUCAUUUCGUGGAUCAAAGUAGUAGAUGUUUACAAAGAUGGUGGGAUUAUCAAGAAAAUUAUGGAGAAGGGAAACAGGAAUGAGCGACCCAGUGAUCUAGAUGAAGUCCUAGUGAAGUACCAGGUUACACUAAUUGAUGGCAAUACCGUUGCAGAGACACCAGAAGAGGGAUUUGAAUUCCAUGUGAAGGAUGGUCAUCUAUUUCCAGGAUUACCAAAAGUAAUUAUGACUAUGGAGAUAGGAGAGAAGGCUACGUUAAUUGUUCAACCUCAGUAUGCCUUUGGAGAGAAGGGGGGAGAAGCAGGAAGCAGGCUCCAUUCAAUCCCGCCAAAUUCAGUAUUGCAUGUUAAUAUUGAAUUGGUAUCCUUCAAGCCUGUUAUUAAUGUUACCGGAGACUCCAAAGUUCUAAAAAAGAUACUUAGAGAAGGGGAAGGCUCCCUCACUGCCAAUGAGGGUGCCAUUGUUACGAUUAGCUAUGUAGCUAAGGUAGAAGAUGGCACAAUAUUUGAGAAGAAAGGAAUUGAUGAAACAAAGCCCUUGGAAUUCAUAACUGAUGAAGAACAAGUCAUUAGUGGUCUAGAUCGAGCAGUGGCAACAAUGAAGAAGGGUGAGAAGGCCAUAAUAAGUAUACAUCCUGAUUAUGCAUUUGGAAAUGCUGAGGCAAGAUUUGAUUUGGCUACUGUUCCCCCGGGUUCCAAUGUAGUCUAUGAAGUUGACAUGAUGGACUUUAUUAAGGAGAAAGCACCAUGGGAAUUAAAUAAUAGUGAGAAAAUUGAGGCAGCUGGGAAGAAGAAAGAAGAAGGAAAUCUGUUAUUUAAAAACGGCAAGUAUCAGAGAGCAGGGAAAAAGUACGACAAGGCUGUUGAUUAUGUUAGUGAAGAUGAAUCCUUCAGGGAUGAUGAGCAAAAGCUAGCUAAGGCACUGAGAGUGUCAUGCUGGUUGAAUGGUGCAGCAUGUAGGCUCAAACUUGAUAACUUUUCAGAAGCAGUUAAAUUAUGCUCGCAGGUACUUGAUGUUGAGUUCCGCAAUGUGAAAGCAUUGUACAGACGAGCGCAGGCGUAUAUAGAAACUGGGGACUAUAUUUUGGCAGAUGUAGACAUAAAUCGAGCUCUUGACGCAGAUCCACAGAACAGGGAAGUAAAGCUGCUUCAGAGGAAAUUGAAGCGACUUGAACUUGAGACUGACAGAAGAGAUGCUAAAUUCUACGGAAAUAUGUUUGCACAUAAAGAAGAAGACUCGUUUGUGGCAACAAAGAGAUUGAAGGUUGAGAAAAGCAAGGAAGAAAGGAAAGAUGAAGAGGUCGUGAGAGUGGAGGUGGACAAAGUCACUGACAAUGCAGCUUCCCCUGAUGGUGAUGUAAUUAACUAAGGCUUGAUCAAUCCAUGGAACUUGUAUAAUACACGAUAGCAGAAAAGGGAGCACUCAAAAUGAAAUGAAAGAGAUUUUCACGUCCAAAUUCUAACAUCUCGGGAAAGAGGAUAUAUUUUGAAAUCGUGGGAUUGGAUCAAAAUUCAAGGCAGCACUUUUGCAAUGUUAAACUAAUUAAUUUGGGUA